UUUAUCUUAUCAUUGAUCACCGUAUAACGGAUCAUAUAAUAAAAUGUACGAAAGAAGAAGCAUUUAGACUAUGGGGGACUAAGUGGGAGCUAGAUACAACAAAACUAGAUGCAUUUAUUGCUCUGCUAUAUGCCCGCGGUGCAUAUCAGGCAAAGAACUUAGAUGUCUCAUGUUUGUGGAAUAAAAUUUGGAGACCUGCAUUUUUUUCAAAAACAACGAGCAGGAAUGAUUUUACUGAAAUUAUGAAGUUUACAGGAUUUGAUAAGAAGAGCGAAAGAAGCCAGCGUUUACGAACCAAUAAUUUUGCAAUGGUAUCUACAGUGUGGGACCGAUUUAUAGAGAAUUCACAAAAUUGUUAUAAAUCUGGUGCGUAUAUUACUGUUGAUGAGCAGUUAUUUCCGUCGAAGACUAGGUGUAGAUUUACCCAGUAUAUGCAGAACAAACCAGAUAAAUUCGGCAUAAAAUUCUGGCUGGCGUGUGAUGUCAAUAGCAAGUAUACAAUAAAUGGAUUUCCCUAUUUGGGAAAGGAUGAGGAGAGAGAAAAUUCAAUUCCACUUGGAGAAUUCGUUGCUCUGAAGCUGAUGGAACCAUUCACAGGAUGUGGAAGGAACCUAACAACAGAUAAUUUUUUUACGAUUGCAUCACUGGCUACAAAGCUAUUCGCAAAAAAGAACUACAAUCGUUGGAACAAUCCGUGAAAAUAAACGGGAAUUGCCAAAGAGAGCCAAAGAUCGAAAGGACAAAAUGACUCUGUUUUCAAGCAAAUU